AUGAAAUAUCGAGAUGCUCCCAGGACCAGAUCACCACCUCGUCAGCCCAGACAGCAAUCUCCCCGGCGCAGAAGAUCGCGUUAUGAUGAUAUCAGAGAUGAUGGUCGAGGAGAAAUACCCAUAUCGCCUUCCACUAUCACCAGGCCAGAUCAAAGAAGGAGAUCGACCGGGAGUAGUUUUUGGAGGGGUUUCACUUUCUAUACCAUCAGGUAUCACAGCGGUUCAAUCUCCCGUACCCCCUCUUCAUCCUCGGUAACCCAUAUUAUCCUACCCCUAAACCCCGCUUAUCCACAAAACGUAGUACUUCAGAUACUUACUACCGGGCCUGAUUUGGUAUCGCUAGAACACCAGCAGGAUUGGACAGAUAAUGAUCUGAUACGUUAUUUCGCGUGUCUCAGAGGUCGCAUACCGACAGAAGAACCUAGGGCUGUACAUUUGUCGAAAAGAAAGGUUCUACUGAGGCAAGAAUGGGUAAAUGAAUGUGUGAGGCAAGAUAGGGUUGUGGGCAGAUUUGACGAUUUUGCAGGAUGGGAAAUCAAAGGCACAUACGAUCCUCAACACGUCAAUAUAACACCCUGGGGCGAGCUACCACUACCACUUCAACAGCCAUUAUACACACCUCCUGCAACUUCCAAUGUCCCGCCAAACCCAUUUGAGAGUCUUAUGAAACGGUCCAACUCAUCUAGCAGUUCUUUGUCCGCUCCUCAAAGCUAUAGUAAUAUCCAAGAUAAACAUCCUGUGGUGCCUCUUGCAGCUAGGCUAUCGAGUCGCCUUGCUGAAGAUCCGUCGACGAGAUCUCGAACAAUUGACCAGCCAGAGAAAGCUGAUAGUCCAGUCCAAGAUCCUAGCAACGCAAGGAAAACAGCCGAUGAUGAUGGAAAUGCAACGUCCAUGGAUCUCGAUGGCAGUGCCAUGAGGGAGCAACCUUUGAGACCGAAAGUCGAAGAAUCUGGUAUCAUGGAGAUGGAGACAGCGGAUGAACGACCACCCGAGAUUGAAAAUCCUACUACAGCUCAAUUAUCCAAUGACGAAGAUAUCAAACCUCUAAUUGAUGAAGGCGUCAAGAUUGAUACACGACCCGAAACACCCGAUUUACCUUCCCAACAGCAUCUACCGAUGAACAUCCCGCCACCCCCUACACCACCAAUGACAGCUUCGAACAUCAUAGGCAGAGAUGACAUCAGUGUCACCAGUGUAAAGAAACAUCAGCUUGACAUGAGAACGACAGCUACGCCGUCACCGCAACCUCGACCUAUCAUGCAACCAGUCAACCUAUCCACCCCUCAAUGGCAUAGUGAACCGAAUUUAGAUGAUAUCACCCCGUCCUCGUCGUAUGUUGAGGAUCGCCCUAAAAUCCGACCUGAAGGGAUAUUCGCCAAAGGAUUGUUACUUCCUUUAGGAUUCCAUGUUUCUGGAUCAGCGAGGGAAAGAAAGUUUAUCGAACUGGCAAUUACUCGCACAGGCGGAGGUGUCAUCGUACCUGAACCACAAGCUACCAUCCAUAUCCUCCCUCUCUCACCCACUGAAUCAGUCAUCGAGCCCGAACACUCGCGAAUCGUACGGGAAAUCUCGUCUGAUCCCACCCGGGCAGUCGUUUCUGCAGAUUGGGUCAAUGACUGUAUUGAGACUGAUCGAUUGUUAUCGCUUGACGAGUAUCGGAUAAAUUCGAACGACAACGAUAAUGGGAAUGGAGAUAUCAUGACCCCUUCACCUACUGAAAGGGGCUGA